AUGACGUACACCCGCGAGGCACUCGAAGCCAAGCUGGAUGCCCUGACGAACACAGCAGAGUCCAUCCAAGGGCUCUCACGAUGGAUCCUGUUCAACUCAAAGUCGAUUGACGACAUCGUCGAAGUGUGGCAGACCAAGUUUACUACCGCACCCACAGACGCGCAGCUGCUGUAUCUGUAUGUGGCCAACGAUGUGAUCCAGAACGGCAAGCGCGACCACCCCGAGGUGCUGCUCGCGUUUGGCAAGCCUCUGCCAAAGGUGGUGGCCCAGCUGUGCAAGGACGGAAACAAGCGAAUGCAAGGCAGGGUCGAGCGCAUCGUUGACAUCUGGUUCGAGCGGCGGAUGUACGACAAGCGCUUCUGCGACCAUCUCAGGUCGAUGGCUGGGAUCGAGGUCAAGACCAGCAGUGCUGAGCCCAAGGCUGCCACCAGCUCGGCCAAGUCCAGCUCUGGCCCCGCAAUGUCUGAUACUGACAAGAAACUCCUCGGUCUGCCGAUUGUGGCGGCCAUGCGCGACGUGACAGCCGCCGAGACCGAGCGGGCGUCGUCGGCAGCCAAGGUCGAGACCAUCGACUAUGACACGGUCAUCUCCAGCGGCUCCGCGCCGGCCAUCAACACCGCGCGCGCCAUGCUGGAGGCGUACGAGCGGCAGCUGCUCACGGUGCUCGAGGGCCAUCAAGUGGUUGUGGCUCAGGCCCAGCAGGUGCUCGACUCGCACGCCUCAGCGGCCGCUGACCUUGCUAUCCAGGUCGACGGUGUCCGCGACCUCAUCGCACGGCUGAGCGGGACACAAUGAACGGAACAGGGAAAUGAAGGGCAAGUCUACGUG